AUUACGAACGAGAUUUGAAGGAGGCAAUCGGAUGGAACAUUUUCAACUUGAACGCGAUCGGAAUCUGGCCGGACCCGAUGACACUGCAUGACCGACUGGCGGAUUUCAGGGCUUUCGCGUCUAUGAUUAUUAUCCUCACGUUUAUUAAUAUAUGGCAGACCUGGAAUUUGUUCAUGUCGGACCGAGACCUUAUCAGGAUCACGGAAACGUUGUCCCUAGCUAACAUCCCAGCGUACAACGCGGCCAUAAAAUUAGGUGUCAUAUGGUAUUAUAAGAAAGACCUCCAACCGAUCGUUCAAUCGUUAUACGACGAUUGGUACGCUCCGAAAACCAACGAGGAGAGGACAACCAUGAUGAACUCUGCCAGAUUCUCGAAAAGAUUGUCUUUUUGGUGCAUCGUGUUGAGUCUGAUAAUGUUAACCACGUACGUGUCUCUUCGGUCGUUCAAAAUAGUGAAAUACGACGUGAACGCGAUGAGCCAGGACCGUUUGGCUAUUUAUCCCGCCUAUUAUCCGUUCGACUUGAGACGAACGUCGGUCAGAGUUGUAGCGAACGUGGCCCAGGUGAUCGCUGCGUACUGCGGUGCACUCCCGUAUUCAGGCGUUGACACUUUCAUAGCCACGCUCGUGAUGCACGCGUGCGGACAAUUCAAAAAUUUGUGCAGAAAAUUGGAGAGGCUGAUGGACGAGACGAGCAAAAAGAGAAAAUCGAGCGAGAUCCAACAGGAAUUAGCUUGGAUCAUCAAGAGACACGAACACUUGAACUGGAUUGGCAAUAAAAUUGGAGAAUACUUUAGCAUUCUACUGUUUCUGCAAAUGUUGCUCAGCACCGUCGAAAUAUGUUUUCAAGGAUUCUCAUUUUUCAAUGUGAUACUCAAAGAUGAGAACGGUUUACUAACCUUUCAAAUGUUCUUUUUCGUGCUCUACGUAUCGUUCGUUAUAGUGCACAUGUUUGUUUAUUGUUACGUGGGCGACUUACUUCUUGUCCAAAGCAGUAGUUUGGGCAUGUCUGCCUACAAAUCCAGAUGGUACAACGUCGCUCCAUCGGAUGCAAGGUGUCUUUUAUUCAUUAUGUUAAGAUCCACGCGACCACUUUGUUUGACAGCGGGAAAAUUUGGUAUAUUUUCCAUGGAGAUGUUUAGUAGCAUUCUAAGAACAGCCAUGGGUUAUCUAUCAGUUCUUCUCACCGUCUCUAGUGGCGACAACUGAGCAUCUCCAUUAGAAAGAAGUUUAGACAUUUUAGUUACAACACUAUGGUACGAUUUCUGAGAGUCGAAAUCAAAACAAAAAUAAUCGAAGACAAAAAGUAACUCACCGAUUCAAGAACAAAUUCUGAAAAUCCGGAGGUGUAAUGGAGAGUAUGAAGUUACAGAUAGAUACCACCAAGUAACACCUCUUGAAAAGAACAACACAAAUCAAAUUUGAAAUACGCGAUCGGAUGGAACCUGUUCAAUCUGAACUUAGUUGGCAUUUGGCCGGAACCAACGAAAAGCAACAACUGUGCCGCGAAUUUCCGAGCUAUCGUAUCUGUUUCCUG